GCUCGCGGCCCCGCGCGCCGGGUCGGCGUGCGUGCGGCUGGAGCCUCAAGCGUUUCUCCCCCGCCCCGGCUUCAUCGCCGCCCGCGGCCCAGCUUCGCACUCCUCCUGCGCGAGGGCGGCCAAGGCCUGGCCAGGAGCCGCGCCUCCGCUCGCGCGAGGUGUCGUCCUUGGAGAAGAUGGAAGCGGAGAGGCGGCCGGCGCCGGGCUCGCCCUCCGAGGGCCUGUUUGCGGACGGGCACCUGAUCUUGUGGACGCUGUGCUCGGUCUUGCUGCCGGUGUUCAUCACCUUCUGGUGUAGCCUCCAGCGGUCGCGCCGGCUGCUGCACCGCAGAGACAUCUUCCGCAAGAGCAAGCACGGGUGGCGCGACACGGACCUGUUCAGCCAGCCCACCUACUGCUGCGUGUGCGCGCAGCACAUUCUGCAGGGCGCUUUCUGCGACUGCUGCGGGCUCCGGGUGGACGAGGGCUGCCUCAAGAAGGCCGACAGGCGCUUCCAGUGCAAGGAGAUUAUGCUCAAGAAUGACACCAAGGUCCUGGACGCCAUGCCCCACCACUGGAUCAGGGGCAACGUGCCCCUGUGCAGUUACUGUAUGGUUUGCAAGCAGCAGUGUGGCUGUCAACCCAAGCUUUGCGAUUACAGGUGCAUUUGGUGCCAGAAAACAGUACAUGAUGAGUGCAUGAAAAAUAGUUUAAAGAAUGAAAAGUGUGAUUUUGGAGAAUUCAAAAACCUAAUCAUUCCACCAAGUUAUUUAACCUCCAUUAAUCAGAUGCGUAAAGACAAAAAAACAGAUUAUGAAGUGCUAGCCUCUAAGCUUGGAAAGCAAUGGACGCCAUUAAUAAUCCUGGCCAACUCUCGUAGUGGAACUAAUAUGGGAGAAGGACUGUUGGGAGAAUUUAGGAUCUUGUUGAAUCCAGUCCAGGUUUUUGAUGUAACUAAAACUCCUCCUAUCAAAGCCCUACAACUCUGUACUCUUCUUCCAUAUUAUUCAGCUCGAGUACUUGUUUGUGGAGGGGAUGGGACUGUAGGGUGGGUCCUGGAUGCAGUUGAUGACAUGAAAAUUAAGGGACAAGAAAAGUACAUUCCACAAGUUGCAGUCUUGCCUCUGGGAACAGGCAACGAUCUGUCCAAUACAUUGGGUUGGGGUACAGGUUAUGCUGGAGAAAUUCCAGUUGCACAGGUUUUGCGAAAUGUAAUGGAAGCAGAUGGAAUUAAACUAGAUCGAUGGAAAGUUCAAGUAACAAAUAAAGGAUACUACAACUUAAGAAAACCCAAGGAAUUCACAAUGAACAACUAUUUUUCUGUUGGACCUGAUGCUCUCAUGGCUCUCAAUUUUCAUGCUCAUCGUGAGAAGGCACCAUCUCUGUUUUCUAGCAGAAUUCUUAAUAAGGCGGUUUACUUAUUUUAUGGAACCAAAGAUUGUUUAGUGCAAGAAUGUAAAGAUUUGAAUAAAAAAGUUGAGCUAGAACUGGAUGGUGAGCGAGUAGCACUGCCCAGCUUGGAAGGUAUUAUAGUUCUGAACAUUGGUUACUGGGGCGGUGGCUGCAGACUAUGGGAAGGGAUGGGAGACGAGACUUACCCUCUAGCCAGGCAUGACGAUGGUCUACUGGAAGUCGUUGGAGUAUAUGGGUCUUUCCACUGUGCUCAGAUUCAAGUAAAACUGGCGAAUCCUUUUCGAAUAGGACAGGCACAUACAGUGAGGCUGAUUUUGAAGUGCUCCAUGAUGCCAAUGCAGGUGGAUGGGGAGCCUUGGGCCCAAGGGCCCUGCACUGUCACCAUAACUCACAAGACACAUGCAAUGAUGUUAUAUUUCUCUGGAGAACAAACAGAUGAUGACAUCUCUAGUACUUCGGAUCAAGAAGAUAUAAAGGAGACUGAAUAGAUGGAUGAGGGAGUGAAAACUUUGCAUAGAAUCCUCACGCAAGUAGAUGUAUGUUCAUCCAAAAGUAUUAAUAGAAAUUCUCUAUCAGCUAUUCAGUCUUAAUUUCACUAGUAGUAUUAUGGGUAUACAUUUUUGUAAAUAGCAUCCCCAAACCAGCCAGCCUUCAGUUAUUUACAAACAUUUGUUCUUUUUUCAGCAAAAUACUUCAAAUGAGUAGUAUUAACUUACGAAAAGUCAAAAAAACUUACAUGAGAGUGAAAAUUUGUUAUGACUGUUUUGAGAGUGGGACUCGCUCUGAAGUAUGUGCUGUCUCAUUUCUUAUUUUUGAACCAUGCAUAUGAUGGACGCACAAUGGAUGGACACAUUAUAUCUCCAACAAGGUGUGGGUGGAAAGAUCAUUUCCAUCUUCAUUUUUAAUAUGGUGACACCAUAGCAUUUUAAAAAUUAACCUGCUUUUUUGAAAGGAAAUGAUUACUGUCAAACCACCAUGGUUAAUCGUGGGCAUCCUCCUGCAGCAUGCCUCUUAAAAUUUUCUGCAACCCAAACCAAGUAUAUGUAUUGAUUUUUAGGAACCCCC